GUCUCAGAUCCUUGACAGCAUCCUGGAUGUGAUCCACACACGAGUUAUUCCGUCGUGGCUGUGAACCUUAAUCUCCUAUAUCGUAGUGCAGAAUUGUCCUUUGGGAGCAAUCGUUGUGUUAGAUCACCUUGUUGCGCUGCUGGCUUUGUUCGCUAGUGAAGGCAGUGAAAGAUCGAUCGAUUCAUGGGAGACAAUCAUAAGGAUCAUCGCCCCACGCACGGCUGGUCCCAGGUUGAGGAACUGCGGAAGAUGGAGGAGAUGGCCAAGAAGGCCCCUGAGCCCUUCACAGUGCCAGAGGGAUACAGCCCGCCAUCGAUGAAGGAGCUCUGGCAAUACGUAAGGAUUUCCAAAUGUAUAUCUCGAGACACGCAACAAGUCAUCUACUUGACCGUCUUGGGGUUCUUCUGCGUUUCCAUCCUUUCGACGACGGUGCCUCCAGCUGCGCAGCUGGUGCAGCAGCAAUGGAAAGAUAUAUUCAAUAAAUUCUGCAUCUGGAAGACCUACUUGCCUUGGUGAGAUUUUAGGUGCUUGUCUUGUGCAGGCCCAGAGACGGCAUCCCUACAGCAGAUAUGGCUACGCUCUAGUGUUUGUCGUGGGCCUUGGAGCCUAUGCAGCAAUUGCACUUGACAAGGUGGGCUCUGUACACAAGGCCAGCGUGAAGGACAGGCCUGCAUGAAGUGCAAUUGCACCCAAGAUGAUUGAAGCGAAGAAGGUUACAGGU